CGAUGGGCUGGCCGUAGGGAGCCGGGAGAGCGGAAGUGAGGUCGCGGUCUGGUGGGGUGCUGCUGAUAUGUGGAAAGUAGUAAUGUCGGAGCAGGUCGGUAAAGCGCUGCAGACGGUGAUAGAGAGGGUACAGCAAGCGGCGGGUCGCCGGCCUCAGACCCUGCCCGCGAUCCAGCCGCGCCUCGUAGCCGUCAGCAAAACCAAACCCGCGGAGAUGGUGCUGGAGGCCUACAAGCAGGGCCAGCGCAACUUCGGAGAGAAUUAUGUGCAGGAGCUGCUGGAGAAGGCUUCAGACCCCAAGAUCCUCGCCUCCUGCCCAGAGAUAAAGUGGCACUUCAUCGGACACCUACAGAAGAACAACGUCAACAAGCUGAUGGGCGUCCCCAGUCUGUUCAUGGUGGAGACGGUGGACUCGGUGAAGCUGGCUGACCGGCUGAACAGCUCCUGGCAAAAUCUGCGGGCGAAUGCACAGCGGCUAAAGAUCAUGGUUCAAAUCAACACGAGUGGAGAGGACAGUAAGCACGGUCUGCCCCCUGGUGACACGGUGGCGGCGGUGCAGCACAUUGUGUCUCGAUGCACCGCCCUUGAGUUUGUGGGCCUCAUGACGAUUGGACGGUACGGCUAUGACCUCAGCGAGGGGCCCAACCCUGACUUCCAGAUGCUCCUCUCUCGACGGAAGGAGGUGUGUGAGACGCUGAAGAUGCCGUACGAGCAGGUGGAGCUCAGCAUGGGCAUGUCGACGGACUUCGAACACGCGAUCGAGGUCGGCUCCACUAAUGUGCGGGUCGGUAGCACCAUUUUUGGGGAGCGGUUUUACCCCAACACGCCCAGUCCUGAGAAGAGGUCAAAGGUCAUGGCCGAAGAGGCAGCACAGAAGCUGGAUGGGCUGACAGUAAAGGAGCAGUGAGGGGGACCCGAACCCCAAAAACCAACAUCCUCCAAUUCAAGAGGCAAACAGAAACCACGCUCCUCCAACAACAGACACCCCCAAGAACCUGGAUUGGUACCUCCCUGCGGUGUUGCUUGCAUGAAAUCGGACAGUUCUAUUGAUCUAAAUGGGGGGUGGGGGAGAAGAGCGACAGUCUCGGUACCACAGUUUAAGUAAUUGAAGUCUAUUUUUGUCUUUUAAUAGUUUGUAAAAAAAACUCCAGAGAGGCUCCUGCUUUGUUGGUUUAAACUGGAGCCUCUGUCCAGACCAAUUACAAUAGAACUCCCCCACCUUUUAUAUAUUCUCCUAUUUAUUAAUUAUUUUCUUUGUGUCACGAAUCCAGCGCACUGCCUAUCUGAUUGUGAUGAAACGGGAUUCGGACAGUCUUUUAUUUAAGUUUCUGAGUGGCAGAAUCUGAGGCUGUAUUUUACGCUUUUUUAUUUACACCUAGAAAACCACUUUAUCAAACUUUAAUUGUAUGACUUUCUUAAGCUAUUGAGAGCAUCAGAAUCCGAGAGUGAGAGGAGGUGCCCCUCCCCUCUGUCUUGAGCACUGUUCAUCUGAAAGCUGUCGUCUGUGUCUGUGUGUCUGUGUGUGUAAGUCUGUGUCUGUGUGUGUAAGUCUGUGUGUCUGUGUGUCUGUGUGUGUAAGUCUGUUCCAGCAAACAAUCAGAUGCCCAGGAAUCAGCGAUGGCAAUAAGACCCCCAUUGCAUAGCAGUUUGAUUCACUCCUGCUUUUACUAUGAGUUUAAUAAGACACACCUGAGCUUGUUACCUGUGCACUGUGGUUAAUCAAUCUUGUGUUAAAACCUGGAAUGGGUGAAACUGCUAUGCAACAGGAGUCUUAUUCCCAUCCCUGAGGAAUGUUUCUGAAUUGAGCUGUGCACCGAUGUAAAUGAUUUCCCACGUGUAGAGGAUUGAUUUAAUGUAACUGAUGUAAAUGAUUUCCCACGUGUAGAGGAUUGAUUUAAUGUAACUGAUGUAAAUGAUUUCCCACGUGUAGAGGAUUGAUUUAAUGCUUGUUCUUUCUGUAUUAGGAUGUGGUGUGUGUGCAGAGCGAGGAGAUCUCAAUAAAAACCACUCUCCCGAUACGUAUUGUGAUGUGCAGGUCGUGACACAAUAUGUCUGUUUGAACUACAGUGCAGGUUGGGGUUCAUUCCUGUGUUUCCAUUCCCAUGUAAUCAAUUCAACACAGCAUUGAUCACAAUUAGCAGUAUUCUGUUAAAAUGAGCUUCUCACAGAGGCAACGCAUUACUUACAUUGAAGUCACUCAUCUAAAUUGGCUUCAAAUGAAAGCAGUUGAACAAUCACAGUGACGAUGUCUCUAAAAUAUCAACUGAAAUUCCUUUGAUUGGAAUGGGAAUUGAUUUUAAAAAGGAAUUGGAAAUGGAAUUGACCCUGACUCUGCUACAGAGCUCUGCUGUACUUUUGUCUUCUAUCACGACAAACCGUCCAUCAUGGAAAGAAAGCAUCCCGAGUCACUGAUACACAGUGAAGCGGGACCCCCCUAAUAAUCAUGGGGUACAGGAAUGGGCAGAUUGGUUAAUAGGACUCUUCUCACCACUCACUAAAUGCAUCUGGUUCAGGUACACGUAGUCUAACACUUCCCUGCUGCUUCUGGAACGGUACAGAAUACAACACACAUGUAAGGCUGUCCGUUUAAACAGAAAUACAAAUCCUAACACUGAUCACUUACUGAAGAUGAAAUUGAAAACUAAUGUGUUAACCAUAAUCUUUCUUUUUUUUACAUUUCAUCAAGUGCCAAUGUAGCUUCUAGUCAAGGGGGCAUUUCUGAAGUCUUUCAAAUCCCCGAGUGAGUUGACACAGUUAACCUAAACUAUUACUUUAGUGCAGUACAGAAGCCAGGACAAAAGGACACAGUGGAGAUAGACCUGGGAGAUGCUUGAUAUUCUGUGUGAAAAGGAAGUGGGUCGUUUGGGAAUAAAUACAGAUGGUAAAACACAUGUUAUUGGAAGUACAGUUUAUGCUAUUAAAAGGUUCAUUCUGUUUAAUUACAUUCAAUGUAGAUUCACCUAUAAAAGAAAAUGUAACUGUCAUUGCAGUACUGGUAUGUGCCCACCAGAUGACGCUAAUGGGCAUGCUAAAAAAAAAAAAUCUCAAAUAAAAUGUACAGUAAAUAAAAACCUAUUUUAAUGA